AUGGCACACCUUCCAGAAGCGGCAUCAGAAGGAGAUGUUGCUGCACAGCGUCUGAGAUCUGGUGAUGGGAGUGUGACGCUCGAGCACAGCAGUCUCUCAGAACAGGGACGGUCUCAUUACAUCUUCGUCGUCACCUUGGCAGAUGGUUCCAAAAUGAUCGCUCGCGUAGCAAGAACACAAGGGAGUGAAAAUCUCGAACGACGUGCAAUCAACACUCUUGAGCACAUUAAGGCCUCCAAUACGGAUUGCCAGGUCCCCCGAAUUCAUUGGCACAACCUCGAUCAACCUCGAGAAGUUCCUCCAGUUAUACUCGAAGAUUUUAUCCAGGGCAGAUCGCUGAACGUCUGGAAUUCAGCCAUACCGGAAGAGCUCCAGCACGCUUUCUUGGACUCUCUUGCUCAGUUCCUCCUUGACCUUUGGUACAUCGAGGCUCCAGAGAGCCCAAGCGCUUCGUCGACCGUAAGACCAUACUCGAAUUGGCUGGAGAACGAGAUCGACAAGGCCAUCCGCAGAUGCAUAACGGGCUCUGGCAAGUGGGGAACGGCCUCUGACUAUCUGGUGAUGCGAUCUAUGAUCCCACAAAUCGCUCACCGCUUUGACGACUUUCAAACUAUCGGGAUUGCGCAUGGAGACAUGAAUGCGCACAAUUUCAUCGUGAACGAGAGGUUAAAAUUGAUGGGUGUUGUUGAUUGGGAUUGGACAUUUGAAGCUCCCCUGCCAGCCGUGGUCCAGUAUCCGUGGUUCAUCGCUGACGUACCAGGCUGGCAUAACGACGGCGUAGAACUCGGAGAGACUUUUGAGCAUAACAGAGACUAUCUUGUGACAAUGCUCAAAGUUAAGGAAGAAGCAACAAGGAAGAUCGAUACAGUAUCCAUCUUGCUUGGCCAAGCCUCAGAACGACAGAGAUUUCAGUCGGCUAUCAGUUACAGAGACAUUCACAAAGAGUAUGUCGUAUCAGACCCCGUAUUCCUGGAAGCAAAAUCUGAGGAUAUCAGACCACAGCUGGAAGCGUUUCUGAUGAAGCAUCCGGAAUUGAAGGAAAGUUCCACUGUUAAGCAGAUUGAAUGCGCCAACCAGAUCGACUCGUCCCAAUGAAUGGUCAAUCAAGAUAUAUGAUUAAUAUGAUAUGCUCAACCAGCUGACCAUAAUCGCGGCCCGAGACGAGUUGAGCCCAUACGGAGUCGUCAUCCAUGCCUGCAAUAUGUUCAUCCGCGCUACCGACCACAGAACGUUUCAAGUUUCGAAGCUGUGGUAGUAUGUCGACUUCUUGUAGAGCAGCUACUCUUGUUGCAGAGGAUUCAAUC